AUGAAUUACGAAGGAGGUGAGGAUGUUACCAUGUUAUCAGUCAUUCCUCCGGCGUCAAUUGCACUUGGAGUUGACCAAGACGGAUCUAAUCACAGAGACAUCGCUCCGGUGUCUCCCUCGUCGCCUCAGGAUUCGGCAGGUUUCAGUGGUACCGCCGGCGGAUUUAAUGACGGAGUUUUUGUUACACCUCAAGCCACCAACACAACUUCAAGUAUAAUCUUGGCAGUUGGGACCACUUUUCAGAAUUGGGAGCACGUUGACGAAUUUCUGGAGCUUUAUGGACGUGAGCGUGGUUUUGUAGUCAGGAAGAAGCGAGUCGAAAGGGAUGAAAUGGGAAUGGUCAGAAAAAGAACCUACGAUUGUGAGCAUGGCGGGAGGUACACUCCAAAGAAGAAGGCGGCAGUACAUGAACAACGCAAUCGAACAUCAAAACGUAUCGAAUGUGGGUGGCACAUUAAUCUCUCUUUCCCAAAGACUAGUUCCCACAUAACCGUCACCACUUUUGUGAACGAGCACAAUCAUGAACUCAAUCUUCAGCAAACACGUGAAUCCAGGCCGUCGACGCAGUCCUCUACAACUCAGACAAUCUCAUCACCAAGAUACCGUAGUGUAAUAGAUGCAGCAUCCACAAAAAACCGCAAUCUACCCAAAUCCGUCCUUGACGACAUCGAAUUCUACACCCUCCACGGUAACCUGGGGGUGACCACUCAACGACAGUUGUUGAAGGCAAAAUAUCCGAAUCAUCAGCUCUCGGCACGGGACGUCGCCAAUGCGGUACAAAAAUUUAAAGGCGGAACCGAUCUAAAGGGAUCGGACAAUGACGCCGCAAAACUUUGGAUUUGGGAGUUGGCAAGAAAGGCUACGCAAAUUGCAGUCGAUCAGCAGGAUAACACCUUGGAGGAGCUCUUACGAAAGUACAUCAGGGAAAAGGAGGAUCGUAUUGUAAGGCCGACGAUGCAACCUGCUCAAGAAUAA